AUGAAUGGUGCCCCUUCCCUGGAGGACGGGGCCUUCCCCUCUCCUCCUCCCUUGCCACCGCCCCCUCCCCCUAGCUGGCGGGAGUUCUGUGAGUCCCAUGCCCGGGCCGCUGCCCUGGAUUUUGCCCGCCGUUUCCGCCUGUACCUGGCCUCCCACCCCCAGUACGCAGGCCCCGGGGCCGAGGCCGCCUUCUCCCGCCGUUUUGCCGAGCUCUUCCUGCAGCAUUUUGAAGCCGAGGUGGCCCGGGCGUCCGGUUCUCUGUCGCCCCCCGUCCCGGCCCCUCUGAGUCCGGGUGCGGAGAGCCCGCCGCAUGACCUGUCCCUCGAGAGCUGCAGGGCGGGCGGGCCCCUGGCCCUGCUGGGCCCUUCUCGCUCGUCCGAGGACCUGGCCGGCCCCCUCCCUUCCUCCGUCUCUUCCUCUUCUACGUCCUCCUCCUCCUCGAAGCCGAAGCUCAAGAAACGCUUCUCCCUCCGUUCCGUGGGCCGCUCCGUCCGAGGCUCCGUCCGCGGCAUCCUGCAGUGGCGGGGCAGCGUGGACCCUCCCUCCCCCGCGGGGCCCCCGGACGCCGCCCCGGGCCCCCCGGUGUUAGGGGGCAACAGCAACUCCAACUCCUCCGGUGGGGCCGUGGCCACCGGCAGGGGACCGGCGAGCGACGGGACAUCCCCCGGGGACAGAUGGACUCACCGUUUCGAGAGGCUGAGGCUCGGCCGGGGAGGAGGGGCCUUGAAGGAUGGAGCAGGGAUGGUGCAGAGGGAAGAGCUGCUGAGUUACAUGGGGGCUGAGGAGGCAGCCCCUGACCCGGCGGGAGUGGGCCGGGGCGGGGGCGCAGCGGGGCCUGCCUCCGGGGCGGGAGGGCAGCCUCAGUGGCAGAAGUGUCGCUUGCUGCUUCGGAGUGAAGGAGAAGGAGGAGGAGGAGGAAGCCGCCUGGAGUUCUUUGUGCCACCCAAGGCAUCUCGGCCUCGGCUCAGCAUCCCCUGCUCUACCAUCACGGACGUGCGGGCGACCACCGCCCUGGAGAUGCCGGAUCGCGAGAACACGUUUGUGGUUAAGGUGGAAGGCUCCUCCGAGUACAUCCUGGAGACAGCGGACGCUCCACACGUGAAGGCCUGGGUGUCUGACAUCCAAGAAUGCCUGAGCCCGGGGCCCUGCCCUGCUACCAGUCCCCACCCCAUGACCCUCCCGCUGGCCCCUGCGACCUCGUUUCUGACGAGAGAGAACACAGACAGCCUGGAGCCGCCCUGCCUGCACCACUCGGAGAGUCUGCCCAGCCAGGACCUGCUGCUGGGCCCCAGCGAGAGCAACGACCGCCUGUCACAGGGGGCAUAUGGGGGCCUUUCAGACCGCCCUUCAGCAUCCAUCUCCCCCAGCUCUGCCUCCAUUGCUGCCUCCCAUUUUGACUCCAUGGAACUGCUUCCCCCAGAGUUGCCACCCCGCAUCCCCAUUGAAGAGGAACCCCCGGCUGGAACAAGUCAUCCCCUCCCCACCCCGUACCCAUCCCUGGACACUCCAGAAACAGCCACAGGGUCAUUCCUGUUCCAGGGGGAGUCGGAGGGAGGUGAGGGGGAGCAGCCCCUCUCAGGGUAUCCUUGGUUCCACGGGAUGCUCUCUCGACUCAAGGCUGCCCAGUUAGUACUGGCCGGAGGCACCGACUCCCACGGUGUUUUCCUGGUACGUCAGAGUGAGACGAGGCGGGGCGAGUACGUCCUCACUUUCAACUUCCAGGGCAAGGCCAAGCACCUGCGCCUGUCGCUGAACGAGGAGGGUCAGUGCCGGGUCCAGCACCUGUGGUUCCAGUCCAUUUUUGAUAUGCUCAAGCAUUUCCGGGUGCACCCCAUCCCUCUGGAGUCUGGAGGCCCCAGUGACGUUGUCCUUGGCAGCUAUGUCGUGUCCUCCCAGCGGCAGCAGGAACCGAACACGGCCCACGGCCCACCCCCACCCCCUGACCCCCCCUCGUGGACAGAUCCCCCACAUCCUGGGGCAGAAGAGGCGUCGGGGAUGUCAGAAGUGGCAGCAGCAACAGCCACAGCAGCCAAAGAGAGGCAAGAGAAAGAGAAAGUGGGCAGUGGAGGGAUCCAGGAAGAUCUGGUCCCCGCGGUUGAGCUGGUCCCCGUGGUUGAAUUGGAAGCGGCCAUGACACCAGACACGGAGAUCCAGGGAGGCCCUGGAUCUGGUGGGGUCCCUGAAGCAACACCGAUGGUGCAGCUCCAGCAGUUACCACUAGGGGGCGAUGGAGAAGAGGGGGGCCACCCCAGAGCCAUUAAUAACCAGUACUCCUAUGUGUGA